ACCCAUAGUGCUACACUAGUUGUCUUCAUUUCCGUGAUUUGGUUGCUGGUGUGCUUGGAUAGAGACAGGCGUCUUCUGUGAGUAAAACAGAACACUGUUUUGGAGGCAAAUGACUAGAUUGGCAGUUAGGCCUAUGUAAAUGCAUGCCCACCACCUUUCUAUAACGUGCAUGUAAGCUUUUUGGACCAAUUCAAAACGACUUGGCGUCAUGGAGGAUAAAAUUACUCUUAAUAAAAUACUAGAGCUCUACAUAUCUUCAGUCACAUGGUAGCUUUUUCUGCGAAGUUGUGGAACACAUUGACGGACCAAUGGGCAACAGCGCAUCAGUGCAAACAUGGAGGGUAGAUCCUCCGGCGAAGACAACAGUUUUUAAACGGGAUGAACCAACGGGAAUAACAUACAGAAUCCCAGCUCUUAUAUACAUCAGAGAGAAACAGAUGUUUCUGGCCUUUGCUGAGAAACGCACUUCCUCUUCUGAUCAUGAUGCAGAGCGUCUUGUUAUGAAAAGAGGUACAUUGGAGGGCACAAUUAUUGAGUGGUCACGGUCGAUUCAGGAGCUACAGUCAGCAUGUCUGCCAGAGUACCGCACCAUGAACCCUUGUCCUGUCUUUGAAAAGAACACUCAGACUCUGUUUCUGUUUUUCAUCUGUGUCUUGAGGAAAACCACAGAGCAAUUUCAGAUAUGUACAGGCAAGAACAGAGCUCGCCUCUGUUAUGUCACUAGCUCUGAUUAUGGCCAGAGUUGGAGUGAGGUGAAAGACUUGACAGAGAGCGUGAUAGGAAACAGGAUUCGGAAAUGGGCAACAUUCGCAGUAGGACCAGGGCAUGGCAUUCAAAUGAAGAGCGGAAGGCUUAUCAUUCCAGCUUACGUGUGUUACAUUCACCACAGAUGUUUCUGUUUUCCCCUGCCAUGCUCAGUCAAGCCUCAUGCAUUAGCCUUCUACAGUGAUGACUAUGGGAAGACGUGGCAGGUUGGAACAAUGAUGCAGAUGAAGUCAUGUGAGUGUGAAAUGGCUGAAGUUACAGACCAUGAAGGUAAAAGUUAUUUGUAUUGCAAUGCUCGUAAUACUCGUAACAGCCAUGGCCACAGAAUAGAGGCUAUAAGCGGAGAUAAGGGAGCAGACUUUGCUCAGGCCCACCUAGCACAGGAGCUAGUGGAGCAGCCCCAUGGGUGCCAAGGUAGUGUAGUUGCCUUUAAAGUGCCAAAACAUGUGUCGGAGGUGAGCGAAGACACAACGUGGCUGCUGUACACUCACCCGACUGAUAAGAAGAGAAGACUGGAUCUUGGUAUGUACUUGAACCGCUCUCCGCUGCAUGCGUCUCAGUGGGAGGCCCUCUGGAAACUUCAUCAUGGCCCGAGUGGCUACUCAGAUUUGGCUUACUGUGAAGACCAAGACGUGUUUGUCUGUCUCAUGGAAUGUGGUGAGAAGAGUGAGCUUGAGGAGAUUGCUUCUGUGCAGUUUGAUCUCCGAAAUGUCAUGGAUGCAUGAAAAAAGAAAUCAUGUUUUCGACUGAUAUUCAGUCUUCCCUUUAAGAAUGACUGAGGUUGAAAAAAAGUCACCCUUGAAGAUGUUGUUAAUGUUAUAUUCACACAGAUUACAGAUGCAUUAUUAUGAAAUAAUGUUAAACAUUCACAUUUUUUAGAUUGUUUUUUUUUUUUUUUUUUAAUGGACGUCAAAUCCAUGUAAGGUGUACUGUUAACUUACUGCUUUUAUCUUUCACACACAUUCAGUGAAGAUGAAAUGUAAAUAUCAGUACACACUUGAAAAAACACACCCCUUUUGCAUUCCUUCACAUUGCCUGGUAGCCCACAAUUCAAAGGGGUGGUUUUCUGCUCAUUCACACGUGAUGGAAUUUGAUUAGUGAUACUAUUUUUCAAUACAUCAGUGGUUCUCAAAGUGUGGGGCGGGACGCUAUCUUUAUUAAUGCCUUUCUUUUUUGACAAGGAAGAUCAUAGUUUCAAAACAAAAUAGCCAAACUAGCCAAAAUAGCCAAACACAAACAUAGGAGUCACAAACAUAUCAUUUAUUUUGCUUGUAGUUCUGACAAAUCUUAUGUUGAUAUAAUUAUUGUCCAAAUAUUGAAUAACACUGCUUUUGAAUGUCACUACUGUCUUGAUGAACUGAGAAUAAAGAAUAAUAAAUGUGAACAUGUGACCAUUCAAGUCUUGUAACAGACAUAGUCCACCUUAAAGUAAUUGUUUAAGACACCAAUAAAAGAAUGUAAUUGUA